CCAAUGGCCCCCCUUCCCGCACCACCACCCCCGCCACGAUGGCCAGAGCUCCGUCUGCGCCUGCCGUCCGUGCUCGCCCGUCUGUCUCAGCGGGUCGGGCGUCCAUCGUGCCUCCGGUGCCCCGACGGGCUUCUGUGCCCAAGGGUGCAGCCGCCACCACCACACCCACCACCAUUGCCGCCACCGCCACGACGACGACCACCGCCACGACUAAGCCGUCGGUCGCAUCUGCCACAGCGACUAGCAAGGACAAGGAAAGCGACAAGGAGGACGACAAGAAAAAGGACAAGGAGAUCGAAGAUCUCAAGGCCAAGCUCCGUGCCUUGGAGAAGAAGCGGUCGGAAGACCGGGAGAAGAUCAACGCUCUCGAGAGAGUCAAGAGUGAGCGGGAUCGAUUCGAAAGAAUCAUCCAGACCCUCGUAAAUGACCUACCUAAAAUUCAAUGUUUGUGGCUGCUCACUCACACGAUGAUCCACAGCAAAUCAAAUACCAACCACAACAACAAGAGAUUGCCGAUCUGCGAAGGCAACUCAAGGAGGCGGAGGCGAGAUUCAACAAUGUCGAACAACUCCAGGAGGAGCACGAGUCAGCCAUGGAACUCGCGACUCUCGACAAGGAAAUGGCUGAAGAAAUGUGCGAUGUUUACAAGACGGAGCUUGACACUCUUCGGCAAAAGACGGAGGAGCUGGAACUCGAGGUCGACAUCCUGCGCGAGGAAAAUGCCGAACUCAGCAAGGGAAUGUCCUCAGAGGAGAGAGCCAGCACCGGCUGGCUCCAGAUGGAGAAAACCAACGAGCGUCUUCGCGAAGCUCUGAUCCGACUUCGCGACCUCUCUCAUGAGCAAGAGGAGGAGCUGAAAGCUCAAAUCAAGGGACUCCAAGUCGACCUCUCGGAAUUCGAAACACUAAAGGACCAGUUCACCGCGUGCAAGGAGGAUCUCGCCCAGAAGGAAUCCACCAUUGAGGAUCUCCGGGAGCAACUUGACAAUGCCCUCGGCGCCGAGGAGAUCAUCGAGAGCCUGACGGAACAAACCAUGAAUCAUUCCGAAAAGAUCAAGGAGUUGUCAGCUACGAUCGCCGAACUCGAGGAUCUUAGAGAGAUUGCCGAUGAGCUGGAGAUCAACCACGUCGAAAACGAGAAGGAGCUGCAAGCAACCAUUGACGAGAAGGAUGCCAUCCUUGCGGAGCAGGCCCGCCAGAUGGCCUUCCAGAAGAAAACCAUGGACGACAUGGAGUACACCAUUUCCCGGUUCCGAGAAUUGGUCACCAGCCUGCAGAGCGACCUGGCCGAUAUGCGCGCUUCGCAUGCCGUCACUGAAAACGAGUCCGAGCAUCUCAACGCCCGUUCCCGCGCCAUGCUGGAUCUGAACAUGAAGCUGCAGAUUUCGGCUGCCAAGGCCCAGGUAAAAACCAUUGACCUGGAGCUCCGCCGCAUGGAAGCUCAGGAGGCCGAGCAACACUUGGAGAUAGUCACCUUGUUCCUUCCGGACGCCUAUCAGUCCGACAGAGACUCGGUCCUUGCUCUGUUGAGAUUCCAAAGACUGGCAUCCAAGGCGGCCAUUCUCAACCGGUUUGUCAAGGAACGCGUCAACGGCCAGCCCCACCCUGGUCACGAACACGAGAUUUUCGACGGUUGCAGCGCCAUGGACAAGCUUGCCUGGGUUUCUUGCAUGUGCGAUCGUUUCAUCGAUUCUAUCAGCCACUGCUCGCUUGAGCAGUUCACCAAAUACGCAGGUGCCCUGUACGAAUUGGAACCUGUCGAGAGAGCUUUGAACGGAUGGAUCGACGGCAUGAAGCGCGACGAAUUGAAGGAGAAGCAGUGCGCCGACGAGCUUCACCGGACCAUCGCCCUGAUGACCCACCUGGCCGAGGUGCACAUUUCAAACGACUUGGAGUCGUUUGCCGACGACAUCCACAUGAAGGCUCUGCUUAUGCAGACCCACCUGGAGUCUGCCGCCAUCUCUUUUGCCACCACGGCGGCCAUGGUUCAACGCAUCGUCACCCAAGACGAAAACGAACUUUGCCAACAUUUUGUCAAGAAGAUCGAGGGCGUCGUCACCCAGACCCGCAGCGCCAAGGUCAUUGCGGCCAAGACUGUCCACGCCCUGGAGGAUUUGAAGUCGAGGUCGCUGUCACUUCUGCCUGAGACCCUCGACGUAUUUGAGCAGUGUGAGACUGCGACCGCAGAGCUCGCUGACAUGUCAAGAAAGAUCGGCCUGGGCGUCCAUUCGCUUCUGCACGAGGAGGGCAGGACCGAGCCCUUCACGAUCGCCGACGUUGAGACGUGCACCCAGAAGACAGCCAUGGCCGCCUCCAACUCGACCGAGACGGAACCCUUUUCGACCUACCUGACGAAGCUCCGCCUCGUCACUUCGCAAAUUUCCGACCUCUCUUCGCUGAGUUCCGACCUCAGCCAAACCCUGGAGUUUGACCGGCGCCCUGCGCCUUGGAUCCUGCGGAGCCAGGAACUGAAGAACCUCAAGAACAUUCCAAUUGAAGCCGAGGCCGAGGCUCGUCGCCUCAAGGACGACCUCGCCAGUGCUCGCCGGACCCUCGCCAUUCGCGAGGAAGAUCUCAGCACCGCCCAACUCAAGAUCGAGACACUCGAAUCCCGGAUGCGUGACGCCAAGGCCAAGGCAUCGCGAGUUUCGGAACUGGAAUCUCAGCUUGAUGCCGCCAAGGAGGAGGCUGCCACCCUCUCGGAGAGCAUCGAGAAACAAGACCGCGAACUCAAGACGCUGGAGCUCGAAUGCGACAAGUGGAAGCACAUCGCAAACAACAACCGUGUCGUUACCGGCAGCAAUGCCCAAGGCGACGAAACCGGAACCAAAAACAAACAAGAACACGCCGUCGCCACUGCCACGAUCGACAGCCUUAGGACAGAGAUCGACGGCCUGCAGGCAUCGGUUCGCUACCUGCGCGAUCUCAACCUCCGCGCACGGACAAUUGAACAAGCAAGUCACGAUUGGCUGACCGAGCCACUCACCAAGAGGGCGUCGCCGGCCGAGCAACGCAAGGCCAACAUCACCUCGGAGGGUAGGGCCGUCCUCGGGGAGCUGGUCAAUCUGGCCAGCAAGGCCACGGUAUACGACAUGGCGAGCUUACCUGCGGAUAAGGUGGCGUGGAAGCCUGCUAAGAGCACGCCGCAAUACCAUGCGGCGAAACAAAUGGAGGAAUAUGGAGCGUGGAAGGGAUGGGAGGAUGCUACUGUCAGAAGGGGAAAAAAGAAGUAUAAGGGGCUGGGGAUGAAGGACAGGCAGGGGAAGCUGAAGGUGUGCGUUUCUGCGGCGCAGUCGGGAAACCAGAUGGCGAUGAAGCAGAUGCGGAUUUUUGUGAGGAGAUGAGAGGGGAUGAGAGGGGAUGAGAGGAGAUGAGCGGAGAAAAGGAUUGUUUUUGGGAGAGCGUUAAAGGGGGAAGGGGUUUUUUUAUCUUGUCAGCGGGUGCAGUUUUCCAGCGGGUGGUUUUCUCAGCGAUUGUAGUUCGUGGUUUGAGGACCGUUGGCUUUUCGCUUUUCUCAACGGUUUUGCUUUGUUUCUCAGCGGUCGGCAUUGUUAGAAGUCGGAAGCGGUUUUGGGUGGAGGCGUUCGGGAAGACAUGGUCUGUUU